CUCGGCAUCAACGUCCUUCAAUAGACGGAAGUUAAAUCAUCAUGGCUCCCGCUCCACCUUCGCAAGAUGAUUUGGAAGGAUAUUGGGGCCCUCCGACAUCUACACUUGAUUGGUGUGAAGAGAAUUAUGUGACAUCUUAUUACGUUGCAGAAUGGUGGAAUACGUUAUCCAACCUAUUCAUGAUUGUGCUCCCUAUAAUCUCCAGUGUAUACAUGUGGAAAGAGAAUGUUGAAAUGAGAUUUAUCUGGGCUAACCUUGGAUUAUUAGUUGUUGGGAUUGGCUCAUGGUGUUUUCAUAUGACAUUGUUAUAUGGCAUGCAGUUGCUUGAUGAGCUUCCUAUGGUUUGGGGAUCAAUAGUCAUGGUUUACAUCAGUUUCGAAAGCUGUGAAAAACCAGGGAAUUUGAACACCAAGCUCCUGACAGCUCUAUUCAUCUACUGUUUAUUAAUAACCAUCAUUUACCUCACAGCGAUCAAUCCUCUAAUACAUCAGGUUGGAUAUGGGUUUUUAGUAGUCCUACUGGUUGGGCGUGGUAUAUAUAUGUUACGAUACUAUGGAAAACACAAAAACAAGUUCCUCUACGCAUAUUGCUUAGGGCUGUAUGUAUUUGCAUUCUUCCUUUGGAACAUUGAUAACAAUCUAUGCACAAGCGUUAGAUCCCUCCGCAAUUCCCUGCCAUUUCCUUUAAGUGCAGUAACACAGCUACAUGGUUGGUGGCACAUAAUGGCUGGCACCAGUACUCAUUGUUUUGUCAUUUUAAUGUGCAACUUUAGAUCAAAUUACCUUCGUCGGGAAAAUAAACUUGAGUAUACUGCUGGUCUGAUUCCAUUCGUCCGUCAUCCUGUGAAAGGUUACGAGAUGAAUCACAACAUGUAAAGGUCAAAGGUCAUCAGGAGAGCAUUUCGUGAAAGGACUUGAAGGAUAUUUCAUCAGACAAGGCCUGCUUUAUUCAACAGUUACCAUGGUAACGAUCACACACCUGUGCCUCUCAGCCAAUCAAAGUCAAGGAUAGUUUUCGGAACUGACAUCUUGUCAGACGACGAUUGUUGAUGGAAUGAUCCCCUUGGUUCACGUCCAGAGUUGAUGAUGCUAAUUGACGUUUGUUUUUGUUUUGGUCUGUAUGAUUAUUCAGGGGUUGAGCAAGGAAGAUUUUUACAUUCAGGACACCAUAUAAAACAAGUCUUAUAUCUUUCAAACAUGGGGCUAAAUUCAUCGAUUGAUUGCAUUAUUUCUGCGAAUGAUCAAUCUUAGAUAUCAGCUCCAUGAUCAAUUGCUUAGCUUUAUGUUUUGGGAUCCAAAUGAAGGGUGCUUAUAGCAUAUUGAACUCAAAGAAAAACCAAACACCUCAAUUUCACAUAGUAAUAUUCAGUAAGAUACUUUAAUGAAGUCAUCAAAAUAGAAUAGAAUAAAAUUUUCAAUUUAUGACCUGAAGAUAAGGUAACAUAUUACCUUAAAAAUUUAAAUUUUACUGAUUUGAAUUCCAGCCUUGACAUUGAAUUUGAGAAGCUUUUUUUUAAAUUGUCAGUCUCAUACUCAUAUAGAUGUAAAGCACAGCUUUUGAUACAUCAACAUUUGUCAGGAUAUUUGAAAAUAUUGCAAGUUAACAAUUAUGAUUUAUACAGGCUGCCAUGUCUAAAAUGACUCUGCAUUUUACUACUACUUAAAUCUAUAUGCAAAAAAAUCAUGCUUUAGCCAACAUUAAGUGUGACCACCCCAAAACCACCAAUAAGUCAUCAGGUAAGGUUUUCUGUCAAUAGCCAAAAUAGUAAUUUAGUCUUCAAAAACAAAAAAUUAAAAAAAUAGCUUAUCUGAAAGAGCAAUUCUUCUACUUCAUACUGUAAAAAAUUGAAGUCGUGAAGUUGAAUAAAAAAAAAAGAUACAAGAGUUUCUUGGACA